AUGGUUGACGCUGCCUACCGUAUUGCCGGCAAGAAUGAGUACUACAUUUUCGCAGGCCGGCACUACGGCCGCGUCAAGAUGACACCCCCCGAUCAUGAGAACCUUGUCUCUCGCCCAAAACUAAUCACCAAGGGCUGGAAUACUCUCAACAAUAGUGGAUUUGGCUGUGUGAACACUGUCGUCCCCGUUCCAGGCCAUGAUGAUCAGCUUUAUGUAUUCUUUGGAGGCCGAUAUGUCCAUAUCAGGCUCGACAACUACGAUGACAGCUUUGUUAUCGAUGGAGCACACUCCAUUGAAUCUGGAUGGAAAGCUCUCGUUCAGACAGGAUUCGACACUGUGGAUGCUGCACUCAAAGUACCGGGAAGUGAUACCGAUAUCUAUUUCUUCCGCGGCUUACACUAUGUUCGCAUGAACUGUUCCUCUGGCAAGCUGACGGGCAAAGUUACUCCAAUCAAAACAGGCUGGCCAAGCAUCGUCAAAGCUGGAUUUGAUUGUGUCGAUACAAUGGUUUCCAUCAUAGACCAACCCGGCCAUUACUACGUAUUCUGCGGCAGUCAGUAUGCAGUGAUCAGACUAGACAACGCUGGACACGACACCCUUAUUUCGGCCGCGAAGCCAAUCAGUGAUGGGUGGACCUCGCUGGAUGACUGGGUUUGA